GAAGAUCCUCUGAAAUCACUCUGAAAAUGAAUUUAGAAGACAUAUUCAAUGGAACAGGUUUCUCCAUCAGAGGUCUAUCUGACAUCCCAGAGGUUCGCUUGCCUGUAUUUCUGAUUCUCUUACUCGUGUAUUUUAGCAUCAUCUUUGGGAACUUAAGUAUUUUUACCAUUAUUUUAGUAAAUCCCAAUUUGCACACUCCCAUGUAUAUAUUUUUGAUGAACCUUUCAGCUGCAGACAUCAUAUAUGCUUCAAAUAUUUUACCAAAUGUACUGAACAUGCUGGUCACAUUCUACAACGUUAUUUCUUUUGCUAGAUGCAUGACCCAAAUGUAUUUUUACAUAGCACUGACAUGUACACAGGUACUCCUACUGGAGGUUAUGGCAUAUGAUCGAUAUUUAGCAAUCUGUCAUCCCCUAAGAUAUUUUCUGUUAAUGAGUUUAGGUAAGUGUGCAUCACUUGCUACCCUGGCAUGGACCUUUAGUUUUGUAAUCACGAUAGGGCAUAUUGUGUUAAUCUCUAAACUGUCCUUUUGUGGCUUGAGAUUCAUUGAUCAUUUUUAUUGUGACAUUGCUGCUAUAUUGAAGCUUACUUGCAGCAGUACCUUUGAUGUUGAAAUUAUGAAUUAUAUAGAGGGUGUACUGAUAACAUUUAAUGCUUUUCUGUUUACCAUAAUAUCUUACAUGUUUAUUAUUUCCACAAUUCUAAAGAUUAAAACAUCUAAAGGUCAACGUAAAGCAUUUUCUACUUGUUCCUCCCACCUAACUUGUGUUAUUAUUUUCUAUGGGACUUUAUUUUGUUUAUACAUGAGACCUACAUCAAGCUAUUCUCCAGCAAGGGACAAGUUUUUUGCUCUUUUAUCUGGUGUAAUAAUUCCAAUAUUGAACCCAAUAAUAUAUAGUUUGAAAAAUCAAGAAAUUAAAGUUGGGCUCAAAAAUCUUAGGAGAAAAAUAAUGUAUUAAGAUCAACUAAGCAAAUCAUUUAAAAUUAUUAUGAUAGGAGCUAGAAUGCUACCUUCAAUUCCAG